CCGUAUAUAUUCCUCAGAGGGAAAGGCUGCCCCAGACAGUGUUGAAGUUUCCAGAGACCUGUUCGGCUGUUGAGAAGUUCGCGUUCCAGACUGAGGAGCUAAACCGCUUGCCAAGAUGUGUAAGGGACUGGCAGCGUUGCCGCACUCGUGCCUGGAAAGGGCCAAGGAGAUCAAGAUCAAGUUGGGAAUUCUCCUCCAGAAGCCAGACUCUGCUGUUGACCUUGUCAUUCCAUAUAAUGAGAAGCCGGAGAAGCCAGCCAAGACCCACAAGCCCUCGCUGGACGAGGCCCUGCAGUGGCGCCAUUCCCUGGACAAGCUUCUCCAGAACAACUAUGGACUUGCCAGCUUCAAAGGUUUCCUGAGAUCUGAGUUCAGCGAGGAAAACCUUGAGUUCUGGGUUGCCUGUGAGGAUUACAAGAAGAUAAAAUCCCCAGUCAAAAUGGCGGAGAAGGCAAAGCAAAUUUAUGAGGAAUUCAUCCAGACAGAGGCCCCUAAAGAGGUGAACAUCGAUCAUUUCACUAAAGACAUCACCAUGAAGAACCUGGUGGAACCGUCCCCGAGCAGUUUUGACCUAGCCCAGAAAAGAAUCUAUGCCCUGAUGGAGAAGGAUUCACUGCCCCGUUUUGUGCGCUCCAAGUUUUAUAAGGAGCUAAUCAAGUAGUCAGCUGGUCAAUUGUCAGAUUACCAGGCUUCAAAAAUCACCCUGUGAGUUGACGUCUAUCCUCUGUAGUAACACAGCAUUCCUCCAGCACCUGCACAUUUUCCCAGAGCAGCUUUGCUCCAAGAUACCCAAAAAAAGGCAACCCCUAGACUGUUGCCAAUUCUUUCGCUCAUGUUGGUUCAGAUGUGGAUUUGUGGUCUACUAAAGGCCUUUGCUUCCAUCUCUUCCUUCUGACUGCUUUGUAAUGAAGGUCUGUCCACCAAGUUUCUGUCAGCCCGAGUCACAGAAAAAUAUACUGCUUACCAUAAAGCCAUCUGUGAAAAGAAUAGGUGUUAGAUUGCUCUUUGAACCAGGCUGAAAAGAAAACGGUCCCCUUUCAAGGGCAUUUGACUGGUCUUGUGUAUUGUUUUAAUUAUCAUCCUCUAACGAUUUCUGAACUCAGUUAAUAAAAAGCAGGAAGCUGUUUAAAAGGCAGCCAUCAUUUGAUUUUAAAGCAAGUACCUUGUUUCCCACACUGGCCUCUCGUUCCUAGCGUUCCUUUAUACAUUCUAAAGAGGAGCUACGAUGCAUAGAGUAGGCUUUGCAAAGCCAGUCUGAGCCCAAUCCAUUUAAGUUCAGCCCUUACACCUCCAAACCACGAGGAAAAAAAAAUCAGCCUUCGCCUCUCCCAGUUAGAAAUGCUAGUACCCAAGAAUCUGAUUGGACUGUUUGGAAAAAACUUUUCUGACUUUACAUAUCUUUUUUAUAUUAAUUGAAAUAGCAAAAUGUCUAAAACUUCCCAAAGAGUUAACUCGGUAUUUCACACUCACCCAGGUGGCUCCUGUUUUGGGGACCUCAACUGACUACUCUUACAAGCUGUGUGAGUGGCCACGCUUGUCCAAGGAGGAUGAGGUGUGGUGUGUGUGGGGGAGACGCCUCAAGGGCGGUGCCCCGGGGCUAUGAAAGAAUUCAGGAAGGCAUGCUUCUGCAGCCAACAGCAGCAUCAUAUAUCCAUAUAUCUGCCGUAUCUUUAUAUAAUUUCAAAUUUAAAGCAAUAUAUACACAUGUGUAUUCUUUUAACAUAUAAGGCAAUAAAUGGGCGGUAAGUAUUCUGCUUCCAAAGGAGAGGCCAAAUGUAUUAAGAUUGGCCUAGAAACUUUCUGGAGGGGGAAAAAAAAACCUCUCUGUGUUAACAGCAGUUUCCAUGGCAACGAGAAGAAAAUACAUUCUUUUAAAUAUGAGAAAUUAGAAAAAGUAGGAUGACAUCUGGAAGAAAAGAAUGCAUAACACUUAUUUAGCAUCCCCCCCCCCCCCCCCCCCCCCCCCCCCCCCCCCCCCCCCCCCCCCCCCCCCCCCCCCCCCC